AUGUCUCGGAGUGUUGACGAUUUGGGCCUUCAACAGCCUUCUAUACCAACAGGGGGAUCGGAUGGUGUUGAUGGUUUAAUAGAUAUAUACAAUAGUUCUACCGUUGAAGUGAAGAAUUUAUUGGCAAACGAAUGUAACAUCCUUUUCGAAUGUCGUUCCUGCGGUAAUAUCUUUCGGAGUAGUUUGAACUAUUUAACGCACAAACGCGUCUAUUGCCGUACAUUGCAUUCGACUAUUGCCUCAGCAUUCAGUGCUGUGGCUCUGGAUUUUGCUGAAAAAGCACUUGCAGAACUUCGAAAUGGCGAUAACGGUAAAAAGGAGGGGAUAUCACCACAGCAACAAAACAAAGGAGAGGCAGGGACAUCGUCCUGCACAAAAACCGACCCACAGCCGCCGAAACGCGCCAAAGGCAUUCUUAAGCGAACAAAUCUUAUCAACGUUAUCAACAAGCGCACAAAACAUUAUGCAUUGUCAUUACCGAACUCGGAACACAAAUUGGAAUUACAUACAUUGCCUCGUAUUUCACGUGAUGUGGCAACAACAACAUUCGUGGAAGGGCAACAAAUUAUGGAAUCAAUUCCACAUGCGCUGGUAACCGUAGAUACAAUACCGCCGGAUCGCGUUCCAGUUCUUAUUCCACAGGAUAAUUCAAGUCGUUAUAGAGAAAUGAAUCUACGUAAUCGUAAAGGUGAUAGCUCAAAAAAUGGUGUCGCUCGAAAAGUUGGAUCGGAAGAACUUAAAAUUUUGGAGCGCAUGGGCAAAUAUCAAACAAUGAUGGUCGAUCUGAGCUUGCUUAGUUGCUCACAUAGCGACUGCAAGGAAAAGCAACCGUUCUCAUCACUCUUCACGUUUGCUUAUCAUCUUACAGUGAAGCAUAAUCGCCGUGCAACAUCGAACAAACGAAUCCCGUGUUAUCUAUGCGAUUUUGAAUUUCAGA